CUCACGGCCUUAACCCGCCCCCUAUUCUUCGUCCAACUUAGUAGGAAAAAAAAAAAAAAAGAAGCUUCACGCGGGGAGAGGCGAAAUGCAGAGAUAGGUGAAGCAGCUGAGCCGCCUCCCUUUCACUCCUCAGCUCUAAUCCAACUCGCUCAUUCAAGUUUCAGAUUAUGUUGCGGGCAAAGCAGAUUGGCAGCCUUUCAAGCAGUGCUAGGUCGUUUUUUCUUAGUGGAUCACGAUGUAAUGGAGCAGAUGGAUCUUCAUGCACAUGCUCUGAAGACGAAACUUGUGUUUCCCAGAGACAAAAUGCUAGAAUUGAAAUCUUGCCCUCAUCAAAGCCAUCCACCUUGGUAGCCAGGCCCAAUAGUUCAGCUAGAUUAGGAACUUUAAUUGCAGAAGAUGCAGCAAAAGUGAUAGUGUCUCACAAAACUGACAAGGUUGAUCUCUCAAUUGCCGUACGACCAGUUACAAACACUGGCCCCAGUCCCCAGAGAGGACCAGAAUGUGUUAGAUACGCCAGUGGCCUUAACACUGUUCUGGAUGAUGAGUGCACUUCACCAAAGAUUGCAGAUCAGUUUGUUAAGGCAGGUAUUGUGGCUGUGAACUUAUUCUCUGACUUCGUGAAUUUUAAAGUCCCCUUAUCUGACUAUGGUGGAACAUUUAGCUCGUCUAAAAAUUGCAUGGUCGAUCCUGCCCGGUCCAUUACGUCUGUUAAACCAUCAAAAGUCAAACAUUUAAGAAGAGAAAACAUUUCUAGUGUUCAUUCCAAGCCAUCCGUUGACAUCCCUGUAGAUUCUAAGCCUCAAAGUAGUAGUAGCCAUCAUGGGCCAAAGUGCAAGUCCGAGAAAUCCAAUUAUGUUAAAGGGUUGAAGCAAGUCCCCGAGGCCAGGACACGAAAGCCUGUGGUAUUUCAUAAUAUGUCAUCAGACAAAUGUGAUAAAAGGAUCUUACCACAAAGAUCAAGGAUUCAUUUGAACAGCUUUACAUCACAUUUUCAUUCCAAUGCACAGACCAUGGGCUCAGAGUUCACAAAUUCUUCUAAGAAUUUGAACAAACUUCCUGAUAAUAUUAAAAGUUCAAUGGGGAUGGCACCAACGACUAUGCAGCUUUCGAGUACCUCUCAUGCUGUGGAAAGUGUUUUUUGCAUAUUGCAGCAACUUAAAUGGGGCCCGACUGCUGAAGAGGCUCUUGGAAAAUUGAACUGUUCAAUAGACGUUUACCAGGCAAACCAAGUUCUGAAGCGGCUUGAUGACUACUCUGUUGCUCUUGGUUUUUUUAAUUGGUUAAAGCGUCUGCCUAGGUUUAGGCAUGAUGGGCACACUUAUACUACUAUGAUUGGUCUCCUUGGCCGUGCCAAACAAUUUGGUGCUAUAAAUAAAUUGCUUGAUCAGAUGGUCAAGGAUGGCUGCCAGCCUAAUGUUGUAACAUAUAAUCGUAUAAUUCAUAGUUAUGGUCGUGCAAACUAUUUGCAAGAAGCUGUUGAUGUAUUCAAACAAAUGCAAGAAGCAGGAUGUGAACCUGAUCGAGUCACCUACUGCACGCUCAUUGACAUUCAUGCGAAGUCUGGCUUUCUUGAUAUUGCCAUGGGCAUGUAUGAGAGGAUGCAGGAGGCUGGCCUCACUCCCGACACAUUUACUUACAGUGUUAUGAUCAACUGCUUGGGAAAAGCUGGACAUUUAAAUGCUGCUCAUAGGCUGUUCUGUAGGAUGGUUGAUCAGGGUUGUGUUCCUAAUUUGGUCACCUACAAUAUCAUGAUUGCUCUUCAAGCGAAAGCAAGGAAUUACGAGAUUGCAUUGAAGCUUUACCGUGAUAUGCAACAAUCAGGCUUUGAGCCAGAUAAAGUGACUUACUGCAUAGUUAUGGAAGUAUUAGGCCAUUGUGGUUUCCUCGAGGAGGCAGAAUCUAUAUUUAUUGAGAUGCAAAAGAAGAACUGGGUACCUGAUGAGCCUGUUUAUGGUCUAUUGGUGGACUUGUGGGGAAAGUCUGGUAAUGUUCAAAAGGCAUGGGAAUGGUAUCAUGUUAUGCUUAAUGCUGGUUUAAAGCCGAAUGUGCCUACCUGCAAUUCCUUGCUUAGCGCCUUUCUUAGGGUACACCAACUAUCAGAUGCCUAUCAGUUGUUACAGUCCAUGCUGCAUUUUGGUCUAAAACCUUCUCUACAAACCUAUACCUUGCUUCUCAGUUGUUGCACUGAUGCACAGUCGACAAACGACAUGGGGUUUUGUUGCGAGCUGAUGCAAAUAACAGGUCACCCAGCACACACAUUCCUGGUGUCGUUGCCAUCGGCUGGACCUAAUGGUCAAAAUGUAAGAGAUCACAUGAACACAUUUUUGGACCUCAUGCACAGCGAAGACAGAGAGAGCAAGCGGGGACUUGUGGAUGCAGUUGUAGAUUUUCUUCAUAAAUCAGGACUCAAGGAGGAGGCAGGAUGCGUCUGGGAGGCUGCUAUGCAAAAGAAUGUCUAUCCAGAUGCCGUGAAGGAGAAAAGCAACUGUUAUUGGCUCAUUAACUUGCACGUUAUGUCGGAAGGCACCGCGGUGACAGCUUUGUCUAGGACUCUUGCUUGGUUUCGCCAGCAAAUGCUUCAUUCCGGUGUCAGUCCCAGUCGAAUCGAUAUCGUGACCGGUUGGGGUCGGCGAAGUAGAGUCACUGGAUCUUCUCUAGUGAGGCAGGCAGUGCAGGACCUGCUGAACAUUUUUAGCUUCCCUUUCUUCACUGAAAAUGGCAAUUCUGGAUGCUUUGUGGGGUGUGGUGAGCCUCUUAGUAGAUGGUUGCACCAAUCAUAUGUGGAGAGGAUGCAUUUGUUGUAGUAGUUCCUCUAACUCGCACUCUAAAUUUCUCCUCUUUAUGGGCCAAAAUUCAAAUUUUGUUGCAGAGCAUGGAUUGUUUUUAGGUUACUUGCUGGAUCAGGUCCAUCUGUAUGUAUUUGUCUUUAUGAGUAGAAAUCUCCAUAUUCAAGUUAUAAGCACAACAAUGAUGUUAAAAACUCAAAAGGCUCUCUCACAACUUUCUAGAGUGGAAUUUGGCAAGCUUUACUUUUUUAAAA